AUGGAGCAGCCUGGUCAGCAGACUUCGGGGCAUCCCCUCGCUCGUACAUAUACGCCAAGAUCUAGAUUCUUUGGCUUCCGUGACUUUUUCGAUUUUGUAGACGAACGCACGGCUUCAUCCACUAUCGGAAGACUCUUCCGCCUUGCCGGAAGCGGCCAUCCAGACGAGAUUCCUGGCUCUACCGUUCUGAGAGAGGUUAGAGCUGGGCUGACCACGUUUGCCACCAUGGCCUACAUCAUUGCUGUCAAUGCUUCCCUCCUCUCCCAGACAGGCGGAACAUGUGUGUGUGCUCUGGAUCAAAAGCAAAAGUGUGAUUCUAUUCCCGCAUUUGCUGCCUGCAAAGAGGAAGUCCGCAGGGAUCUCAUCACCGCCACGGCAGUGCUCGCCGGCUUGGCCUCGAUUUCAUUUGGUGCUCUAACAAACUUGCCCGUGGCCCUCGCACCCGGAAUGGGGUUGAACGCCUACUUUGCCUUCCAGGUUGUCGGAGUUAAUGGCAGUGAGAGCAUGUCAUACCGAACCGCCCUCACCGCCAUCUUUAUCGAGGGCAUCGUGUUUGUCCUUCUUGCCCUCACAGGCAUGCGCCAAUGGCUCGUAAAGCUGAUUCCCUCGACGAUCAAGACGGCUACCGGCGUCGGCAUCGGCCUUUUCCUCACCGAGAUUGGGCUCUCCUACUCGGCCGGCAUUGGUGCCGUCACAGGGGGCGGGAACCUCACGCCCCUGGCGCUCGGAGGAUGCCCGCUGGAGCUAAUAGACGGCCAGACAGGCACGUGCAUGUCCGGCAACAUGACGGAUCCAAAACUGUGGGUCGCAGUCUUCUGCGGAGGCAUCGUGACAGCCUCCCUCAUGGCAUUCCGCGUCAAGUACGCCUUCGUCAUUGGCAUUGCCUUUGUCUCCAUCCUAUCCUGGCCUCGCCAUACCGCUAUAUCGUACUUCCCCGACACCGACGCGGGCAACUCUCGCUUCGAGUUCUUCCAGCAGGUCGUCGCCUGGCAUCCCAUCUCCAGGACCCUCAACCAGCUCGACUGGAACUUGGGCUCCGACGGUACCAAGUUUGCCCUCUCGCUCUUCACCUUCUUGUAUGUGGACAUUAUAGAUGCAACGGCAACACUGUACUCGAUGGUGAAGUUCUGCAACGUCGCGAAGCGCGAGGACGGUGAUUUUCCUCGGUCGACAAUUGCUUACUGCACCGACGCCGUCUUCAUCUCCGUCGGCGCUCUCCUGGGCUGCUCGCCGGUUACCGUCUUUAUCGAAAGCGGUGCCGGAAUCGCCGAGGGUGGCCGGACGGGUCUGACGGCCAUCGUCACCGGACUCUGCUUCAUCGGAUCCAUCUUUUUUGCUCCAAUAUUCGCGUCCAUUCCGCCGUGGGCAACUGGCUGCACCCUCGUUCUAGUUGGCUGCAUGAUGAUCCGCCAAAUCACACAGGUCAACUGGCGAUAUAUAGGAGACGCCUUGCCUUCAUUUGUGGUCAUGUCGUUCAUCCCGUUCAGCUACAGCGUUGCAUACGGGCUCAUUGCGGGCUUGUUUGUCUAUACCGUCCUCAAUGGCCUCGUUGGCCUCGUCGUCUGGUGCAGCGCCGGUCGGCUCGAACCACGCGAGUAUGAACUCAAGGAGUAUUGGACGUGGAAGGGUACGGGUCCUGCUCCCUGGUUCGUGAGAGCCUUUCGUGCCCGCAGAGCAGCGGACGCUGUGAGUGAGCGUGUCUCGAGUCUGGGUGAGGAGAGUCAAGAAGGCACAAUGCGGCUCGCGUCCAUGUCGAAGGAGGGUCCUAUCGCAGCGAUGGAACCUACCAAGGAGUCGACGGAAUAG